AUGAAGUACAUAAUAGAACAUAUGGAAGAAGGUUUUUCCGAAUGGGUGAUAUUAGAAUAUACUCAAAUAAUAAAGGAUAUAGGCAAAGACAACCUUGUUCUUACUUCAUUACCACCAUCAACAACAGAAAAAAAUAUUCCAAAAUCACUUCUUGAACUCGGAUUACAGUGGACAACUAAAGAAUGCGUUGACAUUGAUGGCGGUAUAGAUAAAUCAAAAGUGUGUUUAUUGGAUCCAGCUGCAGAAACCGAUUUGACUCCCGAAGAUAAAUCGAAAUUCGAUUAUUUUGUUUUUGGGGGAAUAUUAGGGAGCCAUCCAAGAAUUGAUCGUACUGGACUUUUGCGUGAAAAGUAUGGUUUUAGUGGGAGGAGAUUGGGUAGUUUACAGAUGACUACGGACACUGCUAUAAGAACUACUCAAAGAAUUAUUGAAAAUGGUAUGGAAUUUGAAAAUAUAAAAUUUCUAGAUUACCCAGAAAUCAAGUAUAACAGAUAUGAAUCCACAGAAAUGCCAUUUCGCUAUAUUACUGAUAAUGACGGGAAUCCAAUCUUGCCAGAGGGGAUGUUGGAACUAAUCAAAAAUGAUGCCGAGCAAAGCAUCGACGAUUUGUUAAUUGAAUAG